GGGCCCGAGUGGACAAGAUGGACAAGAUAUCCUUGGGACACUCCGUUAUGAGCGCCCGCUCCGAGGAAAGCGAGGCCUUCAUGGAGGGAAUGGUGGAAUGGGAGCUGAGCCGCCUGCACAGACAAUGCGAAGUCAUGGAAGGCGAACGGCGGGCCUACAGCAAGGAAGUCCGCCAGCGCAUCCGCAAACAGCUGGAGGAGAUCCGGCGCCUGGAGGAGCGGCGCGCCACCCUGCUGGUGCAGAUCAGCGUGGCGCAGAGCCAGGUGAAGCGGCUGCGGGACAGCCAACGCGUGGAGCACAUGGGCCGCUUGCUCCGGUGCAGGGACCAGGCGCAGGCCGAGGUGGAGGAACUGCAGGAGCAGAGCAGAGCCCUGGAGCAGCAGAUCCGGGAGUGGGAGAAACGGCUCGGGACCCGUCAGAAGAGCGCCAAGGCCCCUGCCCUCAUCAUGGUCCAGAAGGUCAAGGUCCGGAGGCGUAUCAAGAUCCUGGAAGACCAGCUGGACAGGGUCACCUGCCGCUUUGACACCCAGCUGAUGCGGAACGCGACGCUGCGGGAGGAGCUGGACCUGCUUCGGAUCGAGAGGAACCGCUAUCUGAACAUGGAUCGCAAGCUGCAUAAGGAGAUUCAGCACCUGCGGCAGACUGUCAACAAUCUCAUGGUCUCCUCUACCUCAGCCUACACAGUCAGGGAGGAAGCGAAGAGCAAGAUGGGCCUGCUGCGGGAGCGGGCGGAGAAGGAGGUGGCCCAGAGCCAGACGGAGGUGCAGGGCCUGCAGCGGCAGAUCGCGCACCUGGAGCAGCUGCACAACUUCCUGAUGCUCAAGAACAACGAGCGGCAGCCGGACCCCGUGGCCCUGGAGAAGCAGGCGCUGCGGGAUCGCGAAGUGGCCGAAGGCCUCCGCAAGACCUCGCAGGAGAAGCUGGUACUGCGCUACGAGGACGUCCUGAAGAAGCUGUCCCAGAUGACCGGGCAGAGCGACCCGGACACGCUGGUGGAGAAGUACUUGGAGGCUGAGGAACGAAACUUCGCCGAGUUCAACUUCAUCAACGAGCAGAACUCGGAGCUAGAGCACUUGAGGGAGGAGAUCACGGAGAUGCAGGAGGCCAUGCGGAGUGGCCGGGCCAGGGAGGAGACCCAGAGCUCCCUGCGCAAGCAGCAGCGGGCAGAGUUGCAGCAGCGAUUGGACGAGGUGACCGCAGAGUCCUUGGGCCUCGAAGCCCGCUCCCAGGAGAUCCGGCAGCUGCUGAAGAAGAUUAAGGAUGGUCUCCAGCUCCUGUUCACGCAGGCCCACUGCGACAGCUCCGUCAUCAACGAUCUCCUGGGCAUCAAACCCCAGAUGCGGGACCGUGACAUAGGCCUCUUCCUGGCCCUCAUCGAGAAGCGGCUGGUGCAGCUCUUGAGCGCACAGGCCUACCAGGAGGUCAAGACCAACACCUCCUCCUCCUUGGGCAGCGCUGCCCUGGUGGCGCUGGGUCAGAGCUCUGAGGAGGUGCGGAAGAAGGUGACCGUGCUUCAGGUCCCGGAAAACCUGGAGGACUCCCCAGGGUUUGAGGGUAAAGAUGACUAUCCUAUGAGCAAGGAGGAGCUGCGGAGCCAGGUGGUGAAGUCCCUGGAGUCCCGGGAGCUGGCCCGGGAGCAGGCUUUUCUCCUCCAGAUGAAGGAGCUGGCCGAGGCGAUUUAG